AACAUUUUUUAUUAAAAAUUUAUUAUAAAUUAUUUGUGUUUUUUUUUAAACACAUUUGCAUUAUGUUAAAUUUGAACGGAUAAACCAGGAUACGUGAAAUGCGUUAAAUUUAACACCAAAUUUUUUACAGUUUAUGAAAAUUAGACCUAGAAGGUAUCAAUUAAUUUGCAAUCUGCCGUUCCGAAGUCUCGAUAUUUUUCUCGAAACAGUCGUUCACUGUUCAGCUAAUUCCGGGACGUUAGAACCGGAAGAGGCGGAGAUUCGGUCCCACGGGGGGUCAGGGACAAUCCCGGGGUGGCAAGGAUUGGCGUCCAGCUGGCCGAGGAGUAGGCGGAAGCUGUCGAUCGAAAAGCUCUCUCGGCCGGUCGGUUUUAGGAUCCGGCCGUGUCGGUUUCGCUCGUCGUGCGUGCCGGCUGCGCUCCGUUCGCCUCCUUUGCGCCUUUGCGGUGACCGUCGACUCCGGUCCCUCUCAGUCGCGGCGGUGGCAUCCUGCUCGCAACACACACGCGCUACGGCAGUCGCCGCCGCCGCCGCCGCUGUUGUUCCGCGCUGGUUUUUAAUCAGAUUGCAUUUCCGGCGUGGCUGCGAGGGGGUUUGCUCUUCGGCCCUCGGUAAGCCUCUCCGCUUAGUCGCGCGCGAUUGCACGACGGUCGGCGUCGCGUUUGCCAAACGUUAAGAAAGAAAAACCGGGUCCUCCUUAUCGCCCUCCCCUUUUAAUAAAACGCUUCUGUCGCGCGUGCACCGCGGUAAAGAGUGGAUCGCCUUGGGGAAGUGCGGGUGAGGGAAAACCGGUCGGGAAAAAGUGCCGUUCGUAUUUUUACAUAUGUCAAAUUGAGAACCGUCCGAGGCGAACUUGCAAGAGGAAAGGGAAAGAGAAAAGAAGAACGAAGCUCCGGUUUUCUUUUUCUCUUGCGGGGACAGUGGCUUCUUUUUAUUCUCCUUCUCUCCCGAGAAAGCGGCGGCUCCGCUUUGGCGUUUAAAUCGGUCCGCUUAAAAUAGCUUAAUAUAGUGAUCGGUAAGUCGGUAUAUCGGCCGAAUUAAUAAUCGGCAAUGGACCGCCUGGUGGGCGCGAAGGAGAGACGUCACGAGAGUCGCGCUCGUAGUUUGUGUCUCGCCUAUGUAUACAUAUAAAAUACAUAAGUGCGAAUACAAAUUGUGCGGUUUCGCGCGCGAAGGCUUACGGUUGCCGGGAGGGUGGAGUAUAGGUGUAAGCCGCAAAUACGCGGUAUGUAUUUCGUCGUAAAAGACGAGACGUGCAACCACCACGUGUGAUGUGCGAACGGAAACGGCGUGUGUGGCAUUGACGAGCGAAGUCGGUCGGUCGAGCUUCGAAAAGUUGCCGUAAGUCAUUCACGUUUCUGCCUUUGUGUCUUCAACGGUAUCGGUAUUGGCGAUUCUGUGCGCGGGACCGGCAAAGUGGUGGCAUUUGUCUUCGGCCUCUCGGAGAAACAUUAUUAUACGAAUGCAUUCUUAUGGUACAUUCUUCCGUCGUUUUAAGAUGAUGCGACAUGGCUAUCUUCGACACUUUGAAGGACAAAUUUGACGUUGAGAUUUUUGACAUCAUGAAGAAAGUCUCUCCAUUUUGGUAGCGAGUAGAGCGAUGGGAUUGCCCACAGGAUAUUCUCUGACGAGACUAAUUACUAUACCUGAGGCCAUAGCGGGUACGAGGAUGAACUCGACCGAAGACCCAGGGACCCCUAAAGAGUGCAAAUGGGAGAGUUACCGCCUGAUAGUCUUCAAUCAGCAGCAACAGGUCGCUAUUUGGACCUCGGUGCCCGCUGUACGAUCAUCGCCGAGAACAUCGGAACGAAACGUGCCGUGGCUGAAAGACGACGAGCGAAUCAACAGCUCCAGUUCGAAUCUGGUGUUCGUGGGCGUGAUGACAGCUCAAAAGUAUCUGGACACACGAGCCAAAGCUGUUUACGAGACCUGGGGCAGGGAGUUACCCGGCAAGAUAGUCUUCUUCUCGUCGGAAUCCUCGACGGUUCCCGAAAACUGUCCGGAUCUACCUUUGGUGCCGCUUCCACGAGUGGACGACACCUAUCCGCCGCAAAAGAAGUCGUUUAUGAUGCUGCAGUACAUGUGGAGCAACUUCGGCGACCGCUUCGAGUGGUUCUUGAGAGCGGACGAUGACGUAUACGUGAGGGCAGACCGGUUGGAGACCCUGUUGAGAUCCGUCGAUUCCAGAAGGGCGAUGUACAUCGGACAGGCGGGAAGAGGGAACUCGGAGGAGUUCGGGCUGCUGUCGCUCGAUUACGACGAGAACUUUUGCAUGGGUGGUCCGGGAGUGGUGCUGUCCAGGGAGACGCUUAGAAGGAUCGUGCCGCACAUCAGGUACUGCCUGCGCCAUUUGUACACCACGCACGAGGACGUCGAGCUCGGAAGAUGCGUGAAAAAGUACGCCGGGAUUCCCUGCACUUGGAGCUACGAGAUGCAGUCGAUUCUUUAUCACAACAGCAGCGGGGCCCAGGCGUUCACCGGAAAUCUCAAGAAGAAGGAGGUUCAUCGUGCCAUCACUUUGCAUCCUGUGAAAAGUCCGCCUCACAUGUACAGGCUGCACAAUUACAUGAGGGGACUGCGAAUACAAGACCUGCAGCAAGAGAGGAUACGUUUGCACAGGGACAUUUACACGAUGGCCCAGGAGCUGGGAGUGAGCCUGGAAAGCCUAAAGAACUACGAAAUAGCUGAGGGCGUACGUCUAUUUCCGGUCGAUCCUAAUUCCGAAGAUUAUCCCGGCGACACGGACAUACUGGGUGUGCCGGCGAGUCUUCGUUCGUUCAAACCGGCGACGAGCGACGAAGUGAUUCCAUGGGAUUUCCUCUUGAAAUUGGAAUAUAGUUUAACCGACUCUAAUCCGAGGCGACGUAUUCACAGCGACAUUAAAGAGGGUUUGGAGGACAUCACCAGGGAGGUCAUGGCUUCGAUCAAUUCCUAUUCGAGGCAGCGGGGCCGUGUAGUUGAAGAACGGUCCGCUCUUUACGGAUACAGAAGGGUGAAUUCUUAUGGGGCUGACACAAUACUGGAUCUCCUUCUGGUUUAUCGGAAGUACCGGGGCAGGAAGAUCACUCUUCCCGUCAGGAGACACAUUUAUCUCCAUCAACAUUUUACUGGGCUAGAGAUGCGCGAGACCGUAAAUGGCGUUGAAGUCCAACCUCGGCAUGAAUCAGACGACAAAACUAUUCGCAAUUUACUCUACGGUGGCUUCCUGAAUCUCAAUUUCUACGCUCAAGAGGAAGACCCGGUGCAAAGCAAGAUUAUCAACUUCAUCCUACCUCUGUCGGGCCGCUACGAGGUCUUUCAAAGAUUUCUCCAGAACUACGAGGAUAUCUGCUUGACUAGCGGCGAGAAGACGUCUCUGCUCGUUGUGCUCUACCAGCACAAAAGCGAGAACACCUUCAACAAGACGAUAGAUCUGAUCGAGCAGCUAAAGUACAAAUAUCGCAGUGCCAGCAUAGAGGUCCUACCGGUUUCCGGAGACUUCUCCAGAGCCCGAGCCCUGGAUUUGGGGGUGUCGAGGCUGCAGGCCGACGAUCUGAUGCUAUUCAUCGAUGUCGACAUCGUGUUUACGAGUUCGGCGCUCAACAGGAUACGCCUGAACACGUUACCGGGCCGAAGGGUGUACUUCCCGAUAGUCUUCAGCCAGUACAAUCCCAAAGUCGUUUACGGCGACACCAGGAAGCAAGACAAGUUCACCAUAAACGAGCUCUCCGGGCACUGGAGGCAGUACGGCUUCGGAAUCGUUUCCCUGUACAAGAGGGACUAUCGUACCAUAGGCGGUUUGGAUCUCUCGAUUCAAGGCUGGGGCAAGGAGGACGUGGAGUUCUUCGAAAAGUCAGUCAAGUCGGAUCUCGAUGUCUUCAGGGCGGCGGACAGGCACCUCGUGCACGUGUAUCACGAGAUAGAGUGUAGCAGAGAGCUCUCUAGCCUUCAGCUGUCCAUGUGCAUUGGAUCCAAGGCUGACACGUACGCCGGAGUCGAGACUUUGGCAAACAUGAUUUAUGGUAACCUGGAUAUACUGCGCUUUGCCAAAGAGAGGAGACAGAGAAGGACGAAUCCUGCUGGUUAACGAUAGAUCUGCCAAAUUGGAAUUAUCGGCCAUUGAAAAAACUAUACAAUUUCAUUAGAAAUCGUAGCAGAAGUUGUAAAAAUAUUUCUUCUUUCGCGUUGCACACGCGUCUUGGUAGCAAGUUUAGGUUAAUGUAACGUUGAUGAAUGAAUUAUCCGAACCCUGAACUUUCGGUGCCAGAGUAGUCAUGUCUGUGUAAAUACGGAGUAUGAUUGUGUGAGUCGUGCAAGCAAAUAAUAAAAAAAUCAAUACUCUCUAUUAUUUUGUUUUAUAACGAAAUGUGUAUAUUGAAGCUUUAAUCGAAAAUUCAAUUUUCAAAAGAGUUUGAUCGUGAAGCAUGUUUAGUAUUACCAUUUUCGAAGAUAGAUCUGGCGAUCGAUGAAGAUCACCAAAGUCAUUACAGGCAUGCUAAUAGAUUUGUUACGUUAAACUAGUGAUGUGGUUUUCGUUGUUAGUUUAUGUGUAAUGAUAUUAUUCUCUAUCGUCCAAUAAUUUUUUUUUAUCGAGGCUAAAAGCAGACGAUGAGUAUUGUUCACUUUUGCUGAUGCAAUUGCCGACACUUUUGUAGAAAUCGUGCGUAAUGAUAUGCAUUUAUGAAAUCAUUUUAGAUAGUAAGUUUAAGUGUUAUAAGUAAAUGUGAUAUUAUUGUGCCUUUAAAAUAUUUCUUCACAAUUUCAUGUACUGCCAAAUGUAAACACACCGUUAUGAUUAUAUUUCGAUGUAGACAUAGAUACUUCUAAAUUGUCGCAUUGUGCUAUUCGUAUUUUAUAUAUUUACAUGUAAAAGGCUCUGUCUCUCUGCAAUAAUCGGAAUAAUACUCACGCUUUAUUGAAUAAAAUUCUUAUGUUAAAUAUUAA